GGCAAGAAGCCGAACGGGCCGAGAGGCGGAGAGAGGAUGAGGCCGACGGCGGCUGUCCCGAGCUGUGCACGGUGAUCGCCUCCCCCGGAGGAGGAGUUGCCUAGGCUAGACCAUUGCCACAUUUCUUGUUUUCCUUCCUACCCACCCACCCCGGUAUUACAUUGGCUGCUGGAGGGGACCGGGAGAGACGGAGGAGGCGCCUCGCUUCCCCCCUCGCGCCCGCCACCCCUGCUCUUCCCCGUCCCGGGCCAGGAUGACUGGAGUCUUUGACAGUUUGGUGGCUGAUAUGCACUCGACCCAGAUCACGGCCUCCAGCACGUUCCACCAGCAGGAGUCGCCGACCCUCCCGGUGUCCACGGCUACCGACAGCAGCUACUACACCAACCAGCAGCACCCGGCGGGCGGCGGCGGCGGCGGGGGCUCGCCCUACCCGAACAUGGGUUCCUACCAGUACCACGCCAGCGGCCUCAGCAACGUCCCUUAUUCCACCAAGAGUGGCUACGACCUAGGAUACACCGCCUACACCUCUUACGCGCCCUAUGGGACAAGUUCGUCCCCGGCCAACAACGAACCUGAGAAAGAGGACCUGGAGCCCGAAAUUCGGAUCGUGAACGGGAAGCCAAAGAAAGUCCGGAAACCCCGCACCAUCUACUCCAGCUUCCAGCUGGCGGCUCUUCAGCGGCGUUUCCAAAAGACUCAGUACCUGGCGCUGCCCGAGCGAGCUGAGCUGGCCGCGUCCCUGGGCCUCACCCAGACUCAGGUCAAAAUCUGGUUCCAGAACCGCCGGUCCAAGUUCAAGAAGAUGUGGAAAAGAGGUGAGAGCCCCUGGGAGCACAGUGACCUCAGCAACCCCUCCGUUUUAUUUGUCCCUUAA